AUGUCUUCUAUCUACAACAAGUGCGGCCAUGGAACAUGCGCCAUCGUCGGCUUCUGCGUCAAGCUCUGGACUCAGCAGCAUCCUCGGAGUAGGAACGUGGAGCACGGAGCGGCGGGGAAGGAAGAAGAGGGAUUGCGAGGGAGCCGGCGUGUGGAUGACGCAGGAGGGGAGAGGAGAGAGCGGAGGCAGCCUGCUUUCAGCGAGCUCAGGGCAGGGGGUAGUGCGAUCAUCAAGAUCGAAUGCAUCCUCAUCGACUCGAACAGACCUGCCUUCCUUGCCCGACGCUUCUUCCUCCGCCACUCUGCGUUUACCCGGGUCGACCGAGAAAUGUGCAGUAAAGUACAAGUAGUCAGUGACGGGAGCAUGGUCUUGGGGAAUAUCAAGCACGCGUCGGCAAAGCUCCCGAGAGCAAGCCUGGACGACAAGUUAGAUGCCAUACGGGCAGUAAGCCCCGAGGAAGUCAGUUGCCGCCCGUGA